UAGAAUUAUUAUGGUAUCAAGUGUGAUGUCAAGUAACGCUUUUUGUUCUGGUUUGUUCGCGGUUUUCCCCGUAACAUCUACGACGUUACAUUGACGGUCUGAAGAGAUAAAUAAUCUUAGUGUCUGUUUUUACGGGGGAGAUUUUUAACCGUAUCAAUUCCUUUUAUUUCAAGCAAUAGCUAGAAAGCGGCCUGUUUACCUGUAAAUAAGGUGGGUUACAGAAUACAGGAGUCUAGAUCUUCCCACCUCUAGUGUACAGGUUUAUUACUGGAUUGUUAGACACUGAUUUUGACUAAACACCUGUCAGAAGGGACCUGUCAUUUUACUGCACCUUAUUGAAACCCUGCAGCUUUAUCAGAAACACAGAUUCGUAUGGAAUAAGCGACUAAAAACAGAAAGGAAGUGAAGUUUAAGUUUGUGGCUUCAGGAUGCCUUUGUUUUAUAAGAAGAAGAAGCCAAGUGAGGAGUCCAAGAAACGCCUGGAGUAUCAGUUGUGUCUGUCUAAAGAAGCAGGCGCAGAUGAUAUCCUGGAUAUUUCAAACUGUGAGCUUUCAGAGGUUCCGUCCAGCGUCUUCUCCAUCUGCAAGGUGCUCCAGAAAAAGGUGCUCAUCCUCUGUGGAAAUGAGCUCAAGACUCUGGUGCCCAAAUCCUGUGCCACAAACUCUCUAGCAACUAUAAAAGUAUUGGACCUGCAUGACAACAAGCUCACUUCACUCCCAGAAGAUAUCGGACAGCUUUCAUCCCUCCAAGUAUUAAAUGCAGAAAAUAACCAGAUCAAGGCACUUCCAGUGUCUAUAGGGGAUCUCCGGAAUCUACAGACACUUGAUGUGAAAGGGAACUGCCUCCGUGAGCUGCCCUCAUCUGUGGGACACAUGGCCAGUCUGCGCACACUGGACCUGAGUGAGAACAGCAUCAGGGAGCUGCCCAAAGAGUUGGCCAACGUUCGAACCCUGGAGAGCUUGACACUUGAUGUGUGCUCUAUGAGCUACCCACCUGCCUCAGUCUGCACAGCAGGCACAGAGGAAAUCCAGCGCUUUCUCUGCUCAGAGCUAGGGCUGGAGUACUGUCCUCCCUCACAGUACCUGUUGCCCGUGUUGGAAAACGACAGCAACAAGCCGUACCUGGACUGUGUGGAUGGGGAGGAUAUAGCCUGGCAGAACAAAUUUAUGGACUACGAGAAGAGAAAGGAGCAGAAGCAUCUUGAGAAGCUGAACUUUGAGAAGGAGUUGGAAGAGAAACAGAGAGAGCAAACACAGCUCGUUCUUCUCAACAACUCCCGCAAAGAGGGCAUGCUGCUAUCUGUCAAACUGGAGCAGGAGCGUGUAGAGCAGGGUGUCUGUCUCCAGCAAAAAGUUCAGGUGGCUGAGAGGCAGAAGCUGCUGGAGAAAGUGCGGAAGGCCGAAGCCAGCAUCUCCACCCGUAUCUCUAACCUGCUGCUGGACAACAAACGCCAAGCAAAAAGUGCUGAAUUUCUGCAGGCAUUAGAGGAAGAUCGUAUCCGUAUGGAGCAUCUUACUGCCAUCACGCAAGAAGAAGCCAGUUCUCUGAGAAAGAGAGACAUUGCAGUUGCAAUGCAGACCAUGUUAUCAGAGAGCUAUUCCUUGGGGUUACUGCAGGAGGCCAGUGAGAUCAGGAGGCAGAAUAUGAUGUCUGAAGCCUGCAAAAGUAUGGAGACCUUGGACAGGAAGUUUGAGCAGGUUCUGGCCUUACAGCAGCUUGAUAAAAGCAAAGCUAUCAGCCAGAUCCUUCAGGAGGAGGAGAUGCAGAAGACAGCAUUUGAGGCCUUGCAGCUCCAAAGGGACAGUGUACAUGGCUACAUUCGCAACCAGAUAAGACUAAUUGAGGCAGAGUUAAUGCAGUUGACAAAGCUGGAGGUUAAAAGGAGGAAUCUGGAUGCCGAAACCUUGCAGGAGGCAUUAGUAGAGCAGAGGACUGCUCUGUCAGAUAUGCUCCAGCAGCUGCUGAAACAGAAGGAUCAGAGGGAGGUGGAACUCAAACAGAUCUUGAUGGAGAUGGAGCUGAAGAGUGAUUCCACUCAGCAAAACUACUGGAUGAUCCAAUAUCAAAGAUUGCUGGAUGCCAAGCCACUGUCUCUGCGCAUGCAGGAAGCCGGUGUGGAUACUGAACUGGUGAACUUGUUGUGUAAGCUCUCUGCUCAGCAUUACCUGCCAAUCAUAGCUCAUCAUCGAAUCACUGCAGAGGCUCUGUGUCACAUGACCACCAAAGACCUCAGCAAGUUGGGGAUCAGUGAAGUGGGAGUACAGAAAUCUCUUCUGCACUGGGCCAGAGAACAACAGAAUUCUCCAAAGAGUUCUCCUAGGAAGUUCCAGGAGGUACAAGAACCUGGUCCAUCCGCACCCACAACACCCCUGCAACAGCAGCUGACUCCACCUCUGACCCCCAGUACUCCACUGACCCCUACUGCCCCCAGCCCACUGGACACACCCAGCACCAAUGAGUGUGUGGUGUGCAUGGAGGAUAGGUCCCUGGUGGUCUUCUUACCAUGUGGUCAUAUAUGCUGCUGCCAGGUCUGCAGUGACGCUCUGCUGUCUUGCCCGUUGUGCCGCAGUAACAUCUCUCAGCGCAUCCGCCUUUACCACGGCUGAACCUGUCCAGGACCUGGUCUGACCACUCAUGCACUUUCAUGCUAAGAAAAUUCCUCCAACUCCGAUUUCAUGUCAGAAAGGAGGCUUUAUAAGAAAUCAUUUAACACGCAUUUCAUUUAGUGAGAAAGGAGGAUUCAAAGAUUUUAACCUCAGCAGAUAAUCAGCAGCUCUGGUUGUAAUGUUAUACAUUUGCACUAUUUAAAUACUCGUGCCUUUUUGUGUCUGAUGUGUGCUAAUCCUGACAGUUACCACAUAAAAUUCAUCCGCAGGAACUUAAACUUCCUCAAUUACUAAUCGUCCUCUCUAUUGGUCAUGCUUGUGACUUAUGACUUAAAGCCCCUGUCAUCUUAUUAUAACAAUUAGCUUUUAACCGUUAACUUCAGCUUUACUGAGUUGAGUGUUCUUGUAUUUGGUAGAGGCGUAAUAUCAGUUCUACUAACAUACCAAUUAGAAUUAACCAUCCGCUUACUCCAGCUCCACAUUUACCCCUAAAGUGUCAUCUUUCCUGAUCCAUUGCCUCUUUGUACUUGAGUGUAAGCAAAAUUGUCAUUAUUUCCCAAUUUGCCAUUUUAUACACUACUAUUUUAGUUUUAUGUGUGGUAAUGGUGAGUAAUUCUACCUCUUCUGUUUCAAUGGUGAAAUGAGAAUUAGAAGAGUGUAUCUCAAAUUCACACCCACCUAAUGCUGUAAGAAUGUCGGCAGUGUCCGAAUACUCAGUACUUACCCGGGUUGUAACUUCAUAAAAUAGUCUUUUUGUUUGUAUGGUUCAGUCUCACAAAUGUACAAAUGGAAAUGUGAAAAGUUCUUCUUGAUCUUGGUCAUCUUGGGUCACAACCCUAAUAAGUUAAUCAGCUAUUAAACAUCUGAUAGUAGGCAGUUAUAUAAGAGCUUGUUUCAGUUUGUGAUGUGCUGAUUUUUGCAUCACAGUCAGUCCUAUACUCUGUUUAUCAAUGUACUUUAGCAUAUACACGGACCAGCCACUCAAUUGAAAACCCCUUUAAUGUAAAGUAUAAAAUGUAAGUGCAUAAAAACACAGAGAAAGUCCAGAGCUUCAUGUAAUCCUCACAUCAAACAUCAGAAUGUGAUCUCAGUGUCUGAUGGACUGUGUGGAGUAUUUCUGAAGCUGCUCAGGCACUGCAGUGUCUAGAGUUUACACAGAAUGGUACACAUCCAGUGAGUGGCAGUUUUGUGGGUGGAUAUGCUUUGAUAGUUGAGAGAGGCCAGAGGAGAAUGGCGAAGUUGACACCAGCUGGAAGUAAGCCAACUCAUACAACCGGAUGUGUCUUGAAGUGGACACAGAUACUGCAAACUGAACCGAAGAUUGUAAAAAAUAUCACCAUACAUUUUUAAACAUUUAAAUCAGCCCGGUUUUCUAUCAUCUUGGCUGAGAAAAGUGGGACCAAAUGGUGUCUCCAGCUGUUGUAGCCCAUUUGCCUGAUGGCUUAGUGUGCUUCGUGGAAUGCAUUUCUGCUCAACACCGUUGUAGACACACAUUGUAGUGUCACUUUUUGAGUUACUUUAGACUUCUCUCAGACAAGGGCCACAACUGUUCCUAUUAAAGUGGCUUGUGAGUGUGUAUUUCCUGACUCUACCCUUGUUGAACGUAUGGCAUGGUGAUGCCAGGGGCUUUAAGACCAAAGGGAAAAUAUCUAUUAAUGUGUACUUGCAUUGCAUGAAUUCCUUUACCAUCACAUCUCAUAAUGUUAAAAAAAAUCAUGUACUCGACCUAAUUAAACACUGCCUUGCUCUUAUUAGGUAUAUAAAUAUCUACACUUUCAAUGUUUUGAAGGGUUAAUGUCUCAGAUAUUGUGGCAUAUCUUGGCCAACAGCAGACUUUAGUUCAUGUUUAUAGUUUUACAUGGCCAAUCUCCCUCCUGGCACCUCCGGGAUGUUUUUAUCUGCUGUGGGUAUUUGCAUUUUUUCACAAAACCAUUAAUUGUAAUAUUCUGCAAUGGUAGUGUUUGGAUAGAAUAUUGUUUUUUCCAAAGACUUGUUUCUUCAUUUUGCUGUUGAUUUGACAUUUGGUGAAGGAGUGAAUUCAUGUAAUACAUUUUCAUAUAUAGUUACUCCUGAGUUUCUACCUACAUUUUCACUAAAGUGCUCUUAUAACCAAGCAUGAUUUAAAAUGUCUCUCAUCUAGAAAUGUAAUUUAGCAUGUCAUAACAUAACUAUAGAAAUUAUAUAGACAGUGGAAUAGUAUUACUGUGCAAAGGUCUAGGUCUAAAUUCUAUAUUUAUGUUUAAGGCAAUUUAAAUGGACAGUGUUUGUACAAUACGUUAGUGUUAGAAUAGAUGUAACUUCUAAGCACUAAUACAAUAAAUUUAACAAGAAUUGUGACAUUGUGGUGGUGGAACUUUGUGGUGUUACACCCUCUGGGUGUUGAGCCAGGUUUUAGACCUACACACUGUGCAGGUCUCAGUGAACCAGGAAAAGCAGCAGUCAUAGACAUAAAUCAAGAAUAUACCAUUCUACCAAAGGUCACAUAAAUAUCUAUAAACACAUCCAUUUAUGUUGUGAUUAAUACAUUGUUAAUUUCUAUCUUUGCAAAGGCGGGAUAAUGCAUUACUCAGGAGGCCCAAGACUUUUGCACUGUACUGUAUAAGCAUGUCUUACAAUCAUUUUUAAUAGAAAUAUCUGCUUCCAACACACUCAUUUGUGAUGCUUCACUACUUAUUCACACAGUCUUCAUACAUGUUUCCCUGGAUGUGGUUUGAAGCAUUAUUGUAAACAUUCCAUAUUCCAUAAUAAUAAAAAUCUUAUCUAAUGCAAACGCAUUCUGCUAAUCAGAGCUGGAUGAGAUGGAGACCUGUGUAGCAAAAGCAAAAAUCAGCAGCAAUUAUAUACAGUGCUCCAUCUCAUUUAAAGUGACUGAUGUCAUUUGUGAACUGCUUGCAUAACACAUAGGCUGUGGAAGUCCUGUAGGACAUACUGUGCAUAUUCUUGCCUUUAAUGUGAAACACUCAAUUUGAAUUGUUCUCUCAACAAACACUGUAAAAUUUGUUUUUUUAUAUAUAUAUUAGUUUUAUUCUUAUUUAGGUUUUAUUCUAUGAGAAAUUCUGAUAGAACACAUGCAGUUUUGUUAGUGUUGUGAAUUUGCAUUACACUGUAGCAGGAACCAGCCAGUAUAUUAGCAGUGUCAUAAAUACUCCUUAAAAAACCUCUUUCCUAUAUAUGUAUGCAGUGUCCAUUUGUGUCUAAAAAAUGUUAUUAAAAUCUUUUAUUUAACAGAAUAAAUACAGCUGUAAAUUACA